AUGGGAAAGGGUUCUAUCCAGAUCUCAGAGGAUGAAACCACGACAGGACAUGAUGAUGGGAAAUGGAAAAUUGUCCAAUACAAUUGUACCAUGUGUAUUGAGAAGCAAACUGCGUUCCUCUCAUAUGAAGAUGAUUCCCUAACGCUGGUCUUUAUUGUCCUCUCUGUGGUGUCUAUUUUAUUAGUGACAGUUAAAAUAGGAAUUUUUGUUUCAUAUCGAGACACUCCAUUAGUGAAGGCCAACAAUCGCAAUCUGAGCUUUAUUCUCCUUUUCUCCAUCAAGCUGAGCUUCCUCUCUGUGUUUUUGUUCCUUGGUCGCCCAUCUGAUAUAACCUGCAUCCUCCGACAAACCUCUUUUGGGACCAAUUUCUCCAUAGCUAUGUCUUCUGUCCUGGCAAAAACAAUUAUGGUUUGUAUUGCUUUCCAAGCCUCCAAGCUUGACAGUCAAUGGAGAAAAUGGUUCGGAGUCAAAUUCACAUAUUUUAUAGUCAUUAUUUGUUCAUUCAUUCAGUUUCUAAUUAGUGCUAUCUGGCUGACCAUUUCUCCUCCAUUCAUGGAGCUCAACAUUCUGUCUGAACCUGGAAAAAUCAUCAUUCAGUGCAAUGAGGGCUCUGUCAUUGCCUUCCAUAUUGUCCUCUCCUACAUGGGAUUGUUGGCAUCUGUGAGUUUCAUUGUAGCUUUCUUGGCUCGGACAUUACCGGACAGUUUUAAUGAGGCCAAGUACAUCACUAUAGGAAAUGUUUUGGAUGGUAACCUAUCCAUUGAAGAAAUGACCUUGGCAAUUGAGUCUUUCCCAAAUGGCAAAGCUCCAGGAGCUGAUGGGAUACUGAUUGAGGUAUCUCAAGCCAAUGUUAUCACUAUGCUAAUUAAACCUGACUAA